AUGGCUCUCCUUUCCUCCAAGACCUUAAUCCAGGCACAUGCCUUGUUCCUGUUCGUGCUGGCCGUGUACCUGACCAGGUCGCCAGAAGUCGUGACCGAGUCUGACCUCGUCUUCAUGCUGGGGGAGUUCUUGAAUCUGGAGGCGACCCCUAGUAUCUCCCGACCUCAGUCCCCUUUCGCCCUAUGUGGUGUCCUCCUCGUCGUCGAUGCCCUGGUCGACCUCAUUCUUGUGACCAAGAUCCCGCAAAUUAACGAGAUUCUGGCCAUGGCCCAAGCCGCCAGAGUGCAAUCCCCUAUACCAGUGGCAGGGGCUGUACGCACGAACCCCUUCAUGGCACGCUUGACCUCGCUUUACUCGGAGAUCUGGACCCUCCUUUCCGCUGCUCGUUUCUGUAUCUUCUUUGCCGUUUCCUUUUUCAUAUACCAGAGUCAACCAUCAGCGUGGGGAAUGGAUGCCGCUACCGGAAUGGGGAACUACGGCACUGCCGGUGCCGCUACAUCGGGUCUGGAUCAGCUGAAAAACAGGGUGGUAUUCACAUAUGGCUUUAUGGAAAUGAUGUUUUGGUUAUGGAUCUUCAUCACCCUCAGGGAAGAGCGACAGGAAGCAGCUAACCGGUUCGUGGAACAGGACCGGUAG